GUGGCAAUGAUAGAAAAAAUGACCGUCUAAAGUCUGAAACGAAGUAAAAUAAUAUACAUUCAUCAAUCAAAUCAACUUGGAUUUCCACAUCAAAUGUAUCAUCAACUCAGUGAUCUAAUUUAACAUUGUUUAUUUUCAAUUUAAGUUGCUCGCUUAGCUUGUAUCGUGAUGUAAAGACUAUAAAACUUAACUAAUGUGCCAACUGGGAAUUUUGUGAGACUUAACGAGUUAGGAGGAAGUAAGUGACAUUGAUAACAGUUGGGCUGGGCUGGGAUAUUUCACAAGCCAUGGAAUCAGAACAUCAUCCGAAAUUGAGCCCUGUACGCGCUUUUCAAGCUCUUCAUGGGACCAGUAAUGAAGAGGACCAGUACACCAGCCUCUCAGAAUAUCAUGACUAUGAGCCAAGCUUAGAGUUUGAUGACUCAGAGCUAAUACAAACUACAGGACUAGCGCCCCUACCGCCCGAACUUUUAGAUCUUCCAGAUGAUCUUUUGGAACGUCCUGCCAGCGAUGGCACCAUUGAAGAGAACUUCGAAGAGGAACUCGCUAGAGCACCCGAGGUCUACGCUGAGAUAUCAGGCUCAUUACACGACGAUGAGGGUUUCGUGGAGCUGUCGGGGACAGGGUUGGUAGAAGUAGUGGGGGACGACGAGAUCGGCCGCCGCAUUAUCGUGGUAUCAGCGUGCAAGCUACCGCCUAGCAAGGAACUGAAUCCCGACAUACUUUUGAGGUAUCUAAUGUUUACCCUGGACAAAUAUGUCGAGCAAGACUACAGUGUGGUAUACUUUCACUGCGGACUGACUAGCAAGAACAAGCCCCCUCUAUCCUGGCUAUGGAAGGCAUACAAGGCUUUCGACAGGAAGUACAAGAAGAAUCUUAAAGCACUUUACCUCGUACAUCCAACAAAUUUCAUCAGAAUUGUAUGGCAAAUGUUACGACCAGCCAUAAGUGUCAAGUUUGGAAGAAAGAUGAUGUACGUUAACUACCUCCAUGAGCUGAAUCAAUAUCUUAGCUUAGAGAAGCUUUGUAUACCGGAGCCAGUGUUGGAAUACGACAAACUUCUCCUUUCCAAAAACCCUCGGGCUGCUGAAUUAGCUCGGCAAUCUUUCGAGAAAGCGGAGAAACUUCCAGAACAGACUGAUGCCAAAGUCACAGUUAAGGAGAGUCUGUCGCCACCCCCCACGCAACAAUUCGGAGUAUCCCUGCAGUUUAUCAAGGAAAACAACGCUAAUAUGGUUGAUUCAAUACCUCCAGUAGUGCGACAGUGCGUCGAAUUCUUGACACAACCAGACGCUUUAGAAACGGAAGGCAUAUUCCGGCGGUCGGCAAACAUAUCGGUGAUCAAGGAGUUGCAGCGAGCGUGCAAUAGAGGCGAGCCCAUCUCCUUCAGGAAUGACCCGCACAACGCAGCCGUCCUGUUGAAAACCUUCCUGAGAGAUCUUGAAGAGCCGCUUAUGACCUUCGACCUUUACGAGGAAAUACUCAAAUUCCAAACAUGGUCACAUCGGGACAAGCCGAGACAGGUGAAGAUUUUAAUUCUGGAGAGGUUACCGCUGGACAACUACAAACUCCUUAAGUACAUCAUACAGUUCUUAUGGAAGGUUCAAGACAGGAGUUGCCUGAACAAGAUGACGAGCAGUAACUUGGCUGUGGUAUUCGGGCCCAACUUAGCAUGGCCUCCAAACGGCCAGAUGUCGCUCCAAGCUAUAGCGCCCAUUAACGCGUUUACAGACUUCUUGCUUGAAAAUCAGGAAUCCAUAUUCAUUAUCUAAGUUAACACGACGGUAGAUAGGAAAGAAAAGGUGGGUAACUUGAUCUAAAACUGAUAUAUUAUUUGCUUAUUUCACUUAUCAUCAAGCCCGUGGAUUCUAUAGUAUUCUUAGGUAGAUACUACCAAAACUACAUAGGUACUUACAUCGAUAAUAAUGGAACGUUCUAAAUGCGAUACAGAAACAAUUUCAUAGGUAAAACCUAAUUAUUCGAACUAAGUAAAAGUAAUUUUUAGUUCUCAAAAGGACUUUAUGAAAUUGCCUAUCUACCUUACGUUAUUUAUUUUUUAAAUCUGCAGAGUGUCUGGUAGACCUUGACGCUCUCACGUUAGCUUAUAGUAGUCAUGAGAAAAAGUGCCGGAUGGGGUUUUUCAAUCCUGCCUCCGAAGUUUUGGAAAGCAAAAUAUUUUCUUUACAACACAUAUUUUUAUAAACGUUUCUAUAGUAUACAUGUGAAACUUAUCCACUGUGCCACAACUGUUAGGCUUCUGAGAGUUUUUCUUCUCACAUCCGUCUUCUCUUCUUAGAUAUUUUUAUUACAAUCGGUUAAUUUCUUUUGAAUUCGAGCAAGAGGGGUAGUAGGGGAUUACAGUCAAGUGUUAGUUUAGUAUGUGAUCAUGGGUCGUAAUUCGACAAAGGUGCCUAUUCUGGCGGAUACAAACUUAAUCUUAUUUUAGUUUGACAGUUCUCAAGCUAAAUGAAAACUAAGUCUGUGUCGGUCCGAAUUGGUAGGUACUGAUUUUGUCUGCAGCAUACCUCAACAGGUGCAAAAGAUGUUUCGUGGUAAAAAUAAAAUUUGGUUAAGCACUCUUUUAUGUAAUACAACUCACACGGACUGAAAAAAAAUUCAAUUGUAUUAGGUUUACAUCCGUUUGCCGUCACCAUGGGCAACUUUAUUGACUGUUCAUUGCCAUUUUAUUAUUAUAGUUCUUUUAGGAACGAAACGGCCAAGCCACAUAUUUUGCCUAACGUGUAGAGUUUGUAAACUUAGGGUUUGUAUAGUUAGCCCGUGUAGAGUUAGAAGCUUGCGAGAUCUAAUAACUUUUUGACAUUGCGAUCGAUAUAAUCUCGUCUUAGCACAUUUUACAUGAAAAUGUUUUUGUUGGGAUUAUAUGUAUUCAAAAAGUGUAUCGAAAAGAAAUAAAAUUUGGUUCAGCACUCUUAUCUAAUACAAAGCACGGACUGAAAAAAUGUUAAUUGUAUUAGGUUUACCUAUGAAAUUGCUGUUCUAUUACUAGUGGUUCGUAACAAGCUAAUGGGAAAACGCCUGAUUAUCCAACACGUCACUGAUUCUGUAACUAAGGACAUUUUGAAAUUGGGUAGUUUCCUAGAUCAAAAAUAAAAGACCUAAAGGUGACAAAAAGUUUUCUAUUUCGAUUUAACUUAUUUAUGAAUUUUAAUAAAGGAAAAUGGAACAAUUAGUGCGAUAUUUUGUCACGUUUUUCUAUAAAGCCACAGGUUACUUUUUCAUACAGAUACCAUAGUCAUUUCGAGUUUUGACGUUUAGUAAAAAGUAUUGUACCUGUUGUUUUCUAUGAAAGAUAAUAUUGGCUGUUGGAUUAGUACACUAAACCCGCGUUUCGGAGUUUCUACAUAACCAAAUAUAAUGUAACAAAUACUUUAUCUUACUAUAAUUCCAAAAUAUUAAUUUUCAACAAUUAAAUAUCAAAAAUAAUUUUAUUUUUAAUAACUCUUUGGAUUUGUUAUUUUAUUAACGCCGGGUGUAUUUUAUAAUACAUCUAUAUUACGCCAAUUAUGGCAAUCGAAAAGAAAAAAAUCGUAACAAAUUAUGCUUACCAUAUAUGGUUUUUUAAUCUCCAGUGCGUGUGUGUGGUAGAUCUUGCCGCUCUCUCAUUGGCUUGUAUAAUCAUGAGAAAAAGUGAAUGAAUAAUUAAAUCAUCUGGGAAAUAAAUAUGAGGCCUGAUGUUGACGUUGAUUACCUACAUUGUAUGAUCGAUCACAAAUGGACUGAUAGAAUUUAAUCGAUCUGAUUAUACAGGUUUAAAAGUCAUCCCUUUUUAAAGUACCUUUUUAUAAUUUAAAGCCAAGAAGAGAUCCUUCUGAAUCUGCCAUUACUAAAAAAAACUUUUUUUUUACCGUUUUACUAACUAUAAUAUGGUAAAGAAUGUCAUCAAUUAUGAUAUGCAAAACAUAAGUACAACAUGUAUACAAUACAAUACACCCAGUUAUAAUUUAAAGGCGAAGUAUUAUACGUAUACAAGAUCUCCUGUGUAAAGUAUGUCCUCUGAGAUCAACCAAUCUGCUCUUUUAGUCUUUUGAUAACUUGGCCAACCGCACCCACAAUUAAUUGAGUAAAACUGAGAUAGUAGAGUAUAAAUACCUUUUGAUGAGCUUGCUUAAUUUACAUUAUACCUUGAAACACAAGGAAUGACAUGAGUUUAUAACAUUCAGUCACAAAUCAUUGUAGGUAAAGUGCUUAAUCGAAUGCUUACAAAGUAACAACAUCACAUUGUAAAUGCAAAAAUAGAGCCAUAGGAGCACUAGAUUUUUAUAUAUCAAUACAUAAGGAAUAACUUUAUCAUACCUACCUACUGUUUAUAUUUAUAGUGUAGUUUCGUAUAUUGGGAGUUUGAUGAAUAUCAAGUAAGUAAACAUACAUAAACUGCUUAUAUACGUCCAGCUGUAGCAUGCAGACUCUCUACAUCAACCAAUAAGUUAUGAUGCAUGGUAUAAUAUUAGCAGUCCCAGAGAGCAAUGUAGUUGUACAUAAAUUCAGUACAUAUACCAUAAUAUGAGUACUGUGCCCGGUUAAGGGACGUAUGUAAGCUGUUUAGUUUUUUUUUAUGUAAAUUAAUGUAUACCAAAAAUAACAAAGAAUAGGUUGUAAGAUUGUUUUAGUACCUAAUUAGUUUACUAAUAAACUGGAUCAAUUUAAGUGAUUCGUGUAUAGGGCCUUUUUGUAUUCGAAACAAAGUACUGUUGGCCAGUAAAGACAUCCGUCAAGUUUUUAUACUUAAGUACUACUUAUAAUAUUUUUCUAUGAGUAUUCACGCGAUAUUUUCAGAAAGUAAUAAGAGGCAUCAUAAUGAUGUUCCAUGGAGCCUUCCACUUUAAAACUUCCACUUCGUUCUGAGUGUACCUUUUGCGUGAUAUUUCCUACCUAAUAAUCAAUUUCCUGAGUAACACAUUAAAUAAAUAUUAUCUUACUUUUUAACAUAUACAAGGAAGUUUUUUACAAGUAAGAUAGUAUAUAUUAAGAACGUUUUGUCCCGAAUGCUUAUACGGGCCUUGCCCUUGUCUGCAUUACUACCAAAUAACAGGUGUUACUUGUAAAUUCGAUUUAUUGUUGCAUAGUUAUUUGUUAUACAAUAAUAGAAAGUUAUGUUUUAUACGCGAGUGCUUAGUUUAGUAAUAUAGUAGACUUCUGAGCACAGUGAAUAAUUUAAAAGCGCGCUCUUAUAAAAUAAUGUCAAAUAAUUUCUUCUCGUGUGAAACUUACAACUUUUCACGUCUACCAGAAAGAAAAGAUGCAAACCUGUUAUUUCAAUUUUUUUGGAGUUAGACAACUGUCUUCAUAAGUGGACAUACUCCUUUUUGGUAGAAUUGUUAUAUCCUGCCCCCGAAUUUUCGCAAACGAAAUCCGUAGAUUUUCCGCUGUAGAAGUGAAAGGUUGUAUGUUUCACUAAAGUUUCACACGACAGGAAAUUUGUUUCAUCUCACGUGUCCUUUAACUCACUACGCUCAUGAUUCAGUUAUAGACUACUUCGCUAGUUCAUAAUUUAAACUCGGCACUCGCACAUAAAAUAACUUCCUCGUUUAUUGAACAAAUAACUAUUACUGUCGUCUUCCAAAAUUCUUCCAUUUUCAUUCUUCCGUUUGUUCGAGUGUCAUGAUAAGCCUGUAUUUUUAAAUAGUAAGUAUCAUGGCUAGGCCCUAUGAUUUUUCUGGCUCGGAAUUGAAGUGCUGUUUUUCUUUUUCGAUAUUACAUGAACUUGUGAUCAAAUUAAUUGGGCAGCAAAGUGCCAUUAAAUUGUUGUUUUAACGACAUUAACACCUUCAGGAUAUAUCUGUUCACUAUGGUACAUGGCACACAAUAAUUUGUCUCAACAUGGUGAUUAGAAUCAAAUGUUCCACAAGCCAUUAGAUAGCGCUGCCUCCCAGAUGCGUCAAUAUUCAUCAAAAAUAGAAAAUCAACUCCGUAAAUUAGAAUUAAUAUUUUCAAAAGUUCGUAUAACAUCUGAUCCAUCGCAUGUACGAUUUGGAAAAGUCUUGAAAAGAAGAUUGCCUUGGCCCAAAAUCACUGGACUACUAGGUCCAAUCAAAAAGUAUAGGUAAAAAAAGCAACUUUAUGAAUAAAACUUUCAAAAAGUUUCCAAGUCAUCACAUUUAAAUAUUGAAGUGGCCACUUUAAGACGGUUCAUUUAUUUAUAUUAAUACUUUUCUUAGUCUCAUUACUGUAUUUUUACUUAUUAAAAAAUUCUUGAAUCUCCAACUUUCUAUAGCAUUCCAGAAUUCCUAAGUAUGUAUUGUGAAAAAAAUAUAAUAGGUAUUUAACAUUACAUAUUUUGUAAUGUUGUAAAUAUUUGUUGUAUUAUGCGUUGAAGUUUUAUAUUUUUAUACAACGAACUUUUAUUCCUUCCUUAUUUUGUAUCCUUUGUGUUUAAGUCGGAGUGGGUAUGUUUAAGGUCUGUUACAGUAUUUUAUUAGACAUGGCACACAGUUAGAAAAUAUCCCUCAAUAUCUUUAAUUUACCUGAACCACCUGACCAAGCUGCUACUAAAGUACUGUAACUUUAUUAUAAGUGUAAUAUGAAAAGUAAAUAAAAUAAUGAAAUAGUCAAUGGGUACGUACCUAUUGAAUUUUAUGCUUUAAAAGCGACGAUUAGACGUUUGAAAAAAAGUAGGUAUACCUAAAUUAAUUGUUUACCGAUAACUUUAAUAUAUUAUGAAAUGUUAACAAAAUGAUGUAAUAAUAACGUCAAUAAAAUUUUGAUAAGUA